ACAUCCACGCGCGCCCUGCCGCGAGGACCAGGGCCGACGCUCUGAUUCAGGGGGAGGCAGAGACUCCGCCCUGGCCGCAGGAACUGGGUGCUCCUGCUCUAUCUCCUCGCGCGAGAGGAUCAAUCUCAGGCUAAGAAAUGGCAUUUCAAAAGGCAGUAAAAGGGACUGUUCUUGUUGGAGGAGGUGCUCUUGCAACUGUUCUAGGCCUGUCUCAGUUUGCUCAUUACAGAAGGAAGCAAGUGAACCUGGCCUAUGUUAAAGCAGCAGAGAACAUUUCAGAACCUGUUAACAGGGAGCCUCCUUCCAGAGAAGCUCAGCUACUGACUUUGCAAAACAUGUCCGAAUUCGAUAUCCUUGUCAUCGGAGGAGGAGCAACGGGAUGUGGCUGUGCACUAGAUGCUGUCACCAGAGGACUAAAAACAGCCCUUGUAGAAAGAGAUGAUUUCUCAUCGGGGACCAGCAGCAGAAGCACUAAAUUGAUCCAUGGUGGUGUGAGAUAUCUUCAGAAGGCUAUCAUGAAGUUGGAUAUUGAGCAGUAUAGGAUGGUAAAAGAAGCCCUUCAUGAGCGUGCCAACCUGCUAGAAAUUGCUCCCCAUUUAUCAGCUCCGUUGCCUAUAAUGCUUCCUAUUUACAAGUGGUGGCAGUUACCUUACUACUGGAUUGGAAUCAAGAUAUAUGAUCUGGUUGCAGGAAGUAACUGCCUGAAAAGCAGUUAUGUCCUCAGCAAAUCCAGAGCCCUUGAGCAUUUCCCAAUGCUCCAGAAGGACAAACUGGUGGGAGCAAUUGUCUACUAUGAUGGACAACACAACGACGCACGGAUGAACCUUGCCAUUGCUCUUACUGCUGCCAGGUAUGGGGCUGCCACGGCCAAUUACAUGGAGGUCGUGAGCUUGCUCAAGAAGACAGACCCCCAAACGGGCAAAGAGCGUGUGAGCGGCGCACGGUGCAAGGAUGUACUCACAGGGCAGGAAUUUGAUGUGAGAGCCAAAUGUGUUAUCAAUGCCACGGGACCUUUCACAGACACUGUGCGCAAAAUGGAUGAUAAGAACGCAGCAGCUAUCUGCCAGCCGAGCGCUGGUGUCCACAUUGUGAUGCCGGGUUAUUACAGCCCAGAGAGCAUGGGACUUCUUGACCCAGCAACCAGUGAUGGGCGAGUUAUUUUCUUCUUACCCUGGCAAAAGAUGACUAUAGCUGGCACUACUGACACUCCAACUGAUGUUACACCCCAUCCUAUUCCUUCGGAAGAAGACAUCAACUUCAUUUUGAAUGAAGUGCGCAACUACCUGAGUUGUGAUGUUGAAGUGAGAAGAGGGGAUGUCCUGGCAGCAUGGAGCGGUAUUCGUCCCCUUGUGACAGAUCCCAAGUCUGCAGAUACUCAGUCCAUCUCCCGAAAUCACGUUGUGGACAUCAGUGAGAGCGGCCUCAUCACGAUAGCAGGUGGAAAGUGGACAACCUACCGAUCUAUGGCAGAAGAUACCAUAAAUGCUGCCGUCAAGACCCAUGAUUUGAAAGCGGGACCAAGUAGAACUGUUGGGCUUUUCCUUCAAGGGGGCAAAGAUUGGAGCCCCACACUCUACAUUCGGCUUGUCCAGGAUUACGGACUUGAAAGUGAGGUGGCACAGCAUCUGGCCGCCACCUAUGGUGACAAGGCUUUUGAGGUGGCCAAAAUGGCAAGUGUGACCGGAAAAAGGUGGCCCAUUGUUGGAGUGCGUCUUGUGUCAGAAUUUCCAUACAUUGAAGCAGAGGUGAAAUAUGGAAUUAAGGAGUACGCCUGCACGGCAGUGGAUAUGAUUUCACGUCGCACUCGCCUGGCCUUUCUGAAUGUCCAGGCAGCAGAGGAAGCCCUCCCCAGGAUUGUUGAACUGAUGGGCAGAGAACUGAAUUGGGAUGAGUAUAAGAAACAGGAGGAACUUGAAACAGCCAGGAAAUUUCUGUAUUAUGAAAUGGGCUAUAAAUCUCGAUCAGAACAGUUAACAGAUCGCUCUGAAAUUAGCCUACUGCCUUCAGACAUUGACAGGUAUAAGAAGAGAUUUCAUAAGUUUGAUGCAGACCAAAAGGGCUUUAUUACCAUUGUUGAUGUUCAGCGUGUAUUAGAGAGUAUCAAUGUCCAAAUGGAUGAAAAUACACUACAUGAAAUUCUGAAUGAAGUAGAUUUGAACAAAAAUGGACAGGUUGAACUCAAUGAAUUUUUGCAGCUGAUGAGUGCUAUUCAAAAAGGAAGGGUGUCUGGAAGCCGGCUUGCUAUACUAAUGAAAACUGCAGAAGAGAACCUGGACAGAAGAGUUCCCAUUCCGGUGGACCGAAGUUGUGGAGGAUUGUGAGUCUGAGCAGUAAAUCCACAGCCAACAAACAUAGGAACAGCAAAGCAUCAUGUAACAACAACCAGAGAUGACUCACACCACUCCAAAAUAGUGGAUCUGGAUAGCUGCCUUUUUUAACACUGGGACACAUUCCAAAGCUUUAGGAUGUCGAUGUAUACCCUUUAUUUGUAUUUGCCAUUCAAUCUAGCUUCUAAAAAGCAUAUUUUAUCUUUUUUUCUCAUUUUGAAGGCACAAUGAUUUAAUCUUUUGCAUCCAUUUUGUGACCUGUUAGACUGGACAUGCUUCCUUUUUGUUUAUUUUUUCAUUUAUUCUAAAUUAGUUCUAGAGGCAGAAUAUUUUGGCAGAAAUGGAAAGAAGCAGCUAGAAGAAUUUUGUGACAUGUACAAAGCUCUGGACAUUAAGCUUGUAGAUAGUGUUUGUUCUUAAAAGAAAUUGAAUGGGGAGUGACCUAUUGAAAUGAUAGUGUUUCUGGAGACUUCUCAGCCCCUUCUUUCUCCAGCUUGUCUUCCUUCCUCAUCCAAACAGUGUUGUGCAAUUUUAUAUCUAGAGCAUGACUGGAAGAACUGGAGUGGGAAGAAAAAGUUUAGAUCCGGUUACAGGAGUGAGUCUCAAAGAGAAACUCUGAAAGCUUCCAGAAUCACAGGUAUAAGAUAAGGAUAGCACUGACAUUUGCUGGGAGCUACAGUGAUAGUUUCAUCUCAGCAAUUCAUUUUUUUUUCUCCAGUCACUGCUGGUUUUUCUUUGACUAUUAUAGUUGCCAGGAAGAUCCUUGCUUUUUUUACUUUAAAACCAGCGUGUAAGUGGCAAGUUGUAUGUAAUGGGAUGAGACUAAAUUUCUCAAAUCUUUACAGUAGUAAUAAAUUUAAGGAUUAAAAACCUGUGUUUAUAUAUCCACAUAUGAUAGCACAGUUUUCAAUCCCCAAAUCCUAAAUCUUGGAGCAUGUGAGAUUGUCAAACAUAGCCUAUUUUGCUUAGUUUAUUGCAUCAUUUUUUGGAAGUAUUGGUAAAUAGUAAAAGAGGAUAGAAAUAGCCUUUAGUUAACUUUAGUUAUAAUUAUUUGUAAAAAGGCACAAUGCUGCAAUAUUCAAGGUCAUUGUGGUUGCUUAAAGCCUUUCUCUUUCUGUACUCAAUGGAAAAUUUCUCAAUCAACCAAAAAGAAAACCACACACAACACACACUCACACACAUCCCCCACCCCAACACACACACAUAAAGACACACAACAAAAAUAGAAAUCAAUCUGCGUUGAAUUUAACAAAUGAUGUAUUGAAUUUAAAGGGCCAGUUUGGUAUGCUUUUGCAAUAUUUUGGUGGCAUUUUAACCAGUCAUCUGAAUAUUUAUUCAUUAUGCUUCUUCUUGUGAAAUUAACUGCCUACUUUUUUGUUUUUUAAGAUCAAGUUGUGUAUGUAAUAGGAAAUGUAACCCUUUAUUUAGUGUCAGGUUUUCAUUGUGCAGACUUCGGGUCUUAGUAUUUUAAACCGGUACAUAAAACACUUUUGUGCCGUUAUUUCUAUUUAUGUCGACAUUGUAAGAUGUAUUUAUGCCUCAUUCAAGUGGAGUGUGAACCUGUGUGUCAUAAUAUAAACACUGGAAUUUCAGUCCCCUAAGCCCCUACUCUCACCUCUGAGGCAAACAGUUCAGAUAGCAUCUUAAUUCAUGUUGUUUUUAAAUGAAGUUUAGACUUGCCACUUCCUAAAGGAAAACCUAAAACAGGGCAAAUGAUGCUCCCAGGUAUCACUGUGAACUUUCUUCUUUCAAGGUGUGAAAUUUUUACACUGGCUUUUAUUUUAUUUUUUAAUAAUGGAAGCAUGUGGCUUUGUAAUUUAAUGUUUUUCUAUCAAGAUAAUAGAUUUCACUGUUUAGAACCAAGUGACACAAUAGAUAGAAGAGCUGUCCUUUAAAACAUCAUAGAUGAUGUAUCACAGUAUAGUACAUUUGUGCUCUCUUUCUCUCUCUCUUUCUCUCCCUUUUUCUAGUUAGAGCAAGAGAACGGUGACUUAUAUCCUCCCUGAAUGCCUUGCAGUAGGCACCGGGCUUAUACCCUGACUGGCCUGGGCAGAGCUGUAUUUGUAAAAUAGGCGUUGUUUGUGCACGCUUUGCUAUGAGUGAAGUUCUUUUAAGGACAAAGAAAAGUGCACUUUUCCUCUUUUGAGCAUAUCUGCUUUUGCUUAAAAUCUGCUAAUUCUAAAACAUACGCUCCUUUACCAAUCCCAGAGACUGGUCUUGGAAAUGAGUUGGUUCCAAGACUUUACUGUGAAUAAAGCAUCCCCACAUUUUUCUGUAACUUCUUAAUUAAACUUGUACAGCUUCUUUACCUGAUCUCAGAGAAAGAGAAAAGAAAUGGAGGAAUAAGCCCCUUCAAAACCUAUUCCAAGCACAAAAGAAUUUUUUUCUUUUCAUAUAAACAUCAUAUUAGAUGAUUCUGUUGGAGUGGGGGUGGAGUGUGCAGUGAUUGUCUUUUAUCGUCAAGUGAUUUCUUUCAAGAGCCUGUAAGGGGUUUCGGGUGAAGGAACCCCCAUCUGUGGUAGAGACCAGGAUGCUCCUUUAAAUAGUCCCUACCCUGGUCAUAACAACAGUGAUGAGUCUGGAUUAUUUGUGAAGCCCAGGUCAUCUGCCUCAUAUCCAUCAUGCUGUUUGUAAUAUUCUUGCUUUCAAUCAACUGAUCCUGAGUGUAACUUUAGGGAUUCUACAAUUAAAUGCAUGCUUCCUAUUCUGCUUCCGUUUCUAGCUUUGUUUUGUCUUUUUCAAAAUAUGUAGCUUACUCUUUUGUACAACAAAAAUUUUAUUCUAACUUUUACUAACCAUACUGUAUGAAUGAUCAUUGAUCUUAUUUCCUUCAUUUUUAUGUAUUUGUAAAGAUUUUUGGCAUACGAAUGUGAUUAUAUUGAAGUCAAUGAUGCUAUAAUUUGCACUGUUUUGCUUCUUGUCAACCCUUUUGAGGGAGUUAAAAAGCCCUAUUGUGUUUUUAAAGAACAUCAAGUUUAAGCCCAGUACUGUAGGGAAUAUACACACUGCAUGUUUUCAUAUGUGGCACUUUUAUGUAUUGUGUUGGGUUAUUGUUCUAGAUUGGACUGUUAAAUACUAUGUUUGAGGCUGGGUUGUUGUUUUUAUAACUGUCUUGGUGUUUUAUCGCCAUUAUUUAUUACUUUUGAUAUACAGAAUGAGCUGCAUGCAUUUAUAGAGCAAUAAGAGCUUGUAUUUAAUGUGCCUUGUUUUUAACUGAAUAGGAACUGAAAGCAUGAAUCAAUAAAACUGAUUAAAAUGGUC